AUGAAGUUCGUACUCAGUCUUGCUUGGCUAUCACUCGCUACGUGUGCCACGAUCCGUAGCCCCCAACCCGUCUCAUAUGAUGGCUAUCAGGUCCACCGCCUCCGGUCUACUGGGUCUCAGUAUGCGUCAGCAAAGCGGGCGCUUGCCUCCAUUCCCCAUGAGACCUUGAACGAAGUUCGUGGUACUUGGGAUGUUCUCAUUGCACCCGAGCAAUUGGACGCCUUCAAUGCACUGGGGCUCAAAUCUCGAACUCUGCACGCGAACCUAGCCGACUCCAUUGCCCGAGAGUCUUAUGUCAAGAAGGCCUGGAAGAGGCAAUCGAAUGGGUCAGAAGAUGCGUGGUUUGAUAGCUACCAUCCAUAUGAAGACCACAUUAGCUGGUGGCGCGAAUUACAGGAGUCUUUCCCGGAGCACUCAAACUGGACGAGCACUGGAACAUCUUACGAAGGACGCGACAUGUUCGGCGUUCAUCUCUGGGGAGCUGGUGGUCCCGGAAAGCCUGCAGUCAUUUACCACGGUACUGUACAUGCCCGUGAGUGGAUCACUGCACCAGUCAUCGAAUAUAUCGCGAAGCAGCUUGUCGGCGGAUACAAGGCAGGUGACAACGCCACGCAAGCCGUCUUGGACAACUACGACUUCUAUAUGUUCCCAUUCGUCAAUCCUGAUGGAUUCGUCUUCUCUCAAACUGACAACCGCUUGUGGCGCAAGAACCGUCAGCCACCACCAGAAAACGCUGCCAACCAGACGUGCUUUGGUCGUGACGUGAACCGAAACUGGGAGACGAACUGGGAUGCUGACCCACGCGGAGCUUCGCCAGACCCAUGCUCGCAAACCUACAGGGGAGAAGCGCCCCGCGAUACGCCUGAGAACCAGGGCAUGGACAACCUUAUUCGAAAGAUACGCGAUGAGCAAGGCAUCAAGCUAUACAUCGACUGGCACAGCUACUCCCAACUUAUACUGUACCCGUUCGGCCACAAAGAAACCCUGUACGCACCAGAACUCGGUAUGUGGACUAAAGCUGCUGCUUUGAUGAGUGAUACCAUCCGCUACAAUGCCC